AUGGCGGAAAGCGCAAACACACAUCCUUGUGCGGAUGACGAAGACAUGCCCGAGCUAUCAAGCGGCGACUCUGGUGAUGACCAAGAGCAGUGGCAGUGGACUGAGGAGGACAGUCAACAGGUUUCGUGUUUGUUUUGUGACAGAUUGCUAAAUUCGGUGACUGCCACCCUGCAACACUUCACAUUUGAGCACCAAGUCAACCUUAUUGAUGUGAUCAGGAAAUACAAUUUAGACGACUACAGUUACAUUAAGCUCAUCAAUUUCAUACGCUCUUCGAAAUGUGAUCCAUCACAUCUCAUGGGGCUACCAGAUGGUCCAUUCCAAUGGGAAAGUGAAGACUUUCUCCGUCCGGUUAUACAGGAUGAUCCCUUAUUGCAAAUUGACCUUGAAGACUUGUGUGGUAGCCAAGGGAAGUUUGCAUCUACAUUCAAGCAGUCUGUGGCGGACGCCCACCAUCAUGCAUUGCUGCAGAGGGCAACCAAGGCUGAAGAGGCAGUGGCUCGAUCCUUUGAAGAUCUACAAAAACUUAAGCUGCUGGUCCAGGAUUUGGUGCUGAAUGCCGAACCUGGAAGGUCCACUAAUGUGUCCGGUGUUGCCGAGCUUCGCGCAGAUGAGGAUGAAGCCUACUUCAGCUCCUAUGGUCAUUAUGGCAUUCAUGAGGAGAUGCUCAAGGAUAAAGUGCGCACCGAGACCUACAGGGACUUCAUGUACAGAAACCCUGAGGUGUUCAGAGACAAGAUUGUUUUAGAUGUGGGCUGUGGGACUUGCAUACUAUCGAUGUUUGCUGCCAGGGCUGGAGCCAAAAAGGUCAUAGCUGUUGACCAAUCAGAUAUUAUAUACCAGGCCAUGGACAUUGUCAGGUCCAACAAGCUGGAGGACAAGAUCACUUUGCUCAAAGGUCGCAUAGAAGACAUCAAGCUCCCAGUGGAGAAGGUUGAUAUCAUCAUCUCAGAAUGGAUGGGUUACUUUUUGCUGUUUGAAUCCAUGUUGGACUCCAUCUUAGUGGCCAGAGACCUCUUUCUGCAUGAUGGUGGUUCAGUCUAUCCAGACCUUUGUAACCUAAGUUUGGCAGCAGUGGGAGAUAAACAGAGGUACCAAGAACGUAUUGCAUUCUGGGAUGACGUGUAUGGCUUCAACAUGUCAUGCAUGAAGAAGGUUGUGGUGCCAGAGGCUGUGGUGGAAGUGUUAAAUGCAGACACGCUCAUAUCAGAACCUACAGUCAUACAGACAAUUGACUGCAACAAAGUAUGUCUAUCAGAGCUGGAAUUUUCAUCCAACUUUUGUUUGAAGAUUACCAACACCACAGACUGCACGGCAAUCGUCGGCUACUUUGACGUUUUCUUUGACAAAGGCUGCUGCAACAAGGUGACGUUCUCCACAGGUCCUCAGGUCGCAAAGACACACUGGAAACAGACCAUCUUCCAACUGGAAAAACCUUUUCCUGUCCAGGCCGGGGAGGAGCUUCAAGGAAAGAUCACCGUGUGCAAAAACAAGAAGGACCCUCGCUCAUUGUUUGUCACUUUUGACCUUCGAGACAAAAAGCUGACAUACUGUGUACAGUAA